AUGAUUCUUCUAGAAUGGAGUAGUACUGGUAAUAUGAAUACUGCACGAUAUUGGCACGUAGCAUCCGUAUUAACAAAUGGAAAUGUGUUAGUUACUGGUGGACGGAAUACUAGCUCUAGUCUCAAUAGUGCUGAGUUGUACAACUCAUCAACAGGAACUUGGACAACGACAAGUAACAUGAAUGUCGCCCGAUAUUCGCACACAGCGUCCGUAUUAACAAAUGGAAACGUAUUAGUUACUGGUGGACACAAUACUAGCUCUAGUCUCAAUAGUGCUGAGUUAUAUAAUUCAUCAACAGAAAUUUGGACAACGACUGGUAGCAUGAAUGGUGAACGAAGUGAGCACACAGCAACCUUACUCACAAAUGGAAAUGUUCUAGUAGUUGGUGGAUAUACUAAUGGCUUUUUUCUCAAUAGUACUGAGUUUUAUGAUCCAUUAACUGAAACUUGGAUAAUGACCGGGGACAUGAAUGCUGCACGAUGUCGGCACACAGCUUCCAUCUUAGCAAAUGGAAAAGUAUUAGUUACUGGUGGAUUUAUUAAUUUUUUUUCUUUGAAUAGUGCUGAUGUCUACGAUCCAUCAGCAAGAACUUGGACAACAACUGGUAGUAUGAAUGAUGCAAGAUAUUGGCAUGCAGCAUCCGUAUUAACAAAUGGAAAUGUAUUAGUUACUGGUGGAUAUAACAGUAGCUCUUCCCUAGAUAGUGCUGAGUUGUACAAUUCAUCAAUAGGAAUUUGGACUACGACUGGUAAAAUGAAUACUGCACGAACUGAACACACAUCCUCUGUUUUAACAGAUGGAAAAGUGUUAGUUACUGGUGGACAUAUUAAUGGUUUUUCUCUGAAUACUGCUGAGUUGUAUGAUCCAUCGACAGGAUUUUGGACAAUGACUGAUAGCAUGACUAUCACACGAUAUGAACAUACAGCAUCCAUAUUAAUAAAUGGAAAUGUGCUAGCUAUGGGUGGAAUGAGUGGUAUGCCUCUGAAUAGUUCAGAAUUAUAUUAA